AUGUCUCCAUCCACAGUGUCGGACAUGAGGGCUAAAUAUGGUCCUGAGGUCCAGAAGGUCUCCGCCGACACACCAUUAGACGACAUCAUCUACCUCCUCAAGCGUGACGGGGGCGUCUUCGUUAGAGAUCUGGUCCCUGUCGCUGAUGUCGACAAAGCUCACGAAGAAUGCCGCGAACGCCUUGAAAAUGAUGUGGAAUGGAAUGGCUCCUUCUUUCCAAAGGAGACUCAGCGGGCACCAGCCUUGUUGGCUCUCAGCCCUACGUAUGCCAAAACACAAGUCAUGAACCCAGUCUACCAAAAGGUGUGCGAGCACUUCUUGACCACCCGAAGUUGGUUCUGGUGGGGAAACGAGAAGAAGGAAUCUGUAUCAAAGCCAUAUGUUCACUCCUGUACUGCUAUGAGCAUUGGCCCCGGGGGCAAAGCUCAGCCCUUGCACCGAGACGACUACAUCAGCCACAACUAUCAUCAAGAGGUGAGUGAAUGGGAUGAUGAGCGAGACAAGGGCAGGGAAACAGCUGUUGGGCUCUUCGUGGCUGGCUGUAAAGUCACCAAGGAGAACGGUGGAACGCAAUUCAUUCCACGGAGCCAUUUGUGGGGCACUGAUAGACACAUGCCUCCUCGAGUAGAGGAGUGCAUUUACGCCGAGAUGGAGAAAGGCGAUGCCUUCAUCAUGCUGGCAUCCGCGUACCAUGCCGGAGGCCACAACACAACAAAGAAUGAGAGACGACUGAUGUUUGCCACAUUCUCUACUCGAGGUUAUCUUCGACAGGAGGAGAAUCAAUUCUUGUCUGUGCCCCAAGAUAUUGCAAAAAAGUUGGAUCAACCCAUCCAGGAGUUUAUGGGAUAUUCAAUGAGCGAUCCGGCCUGUGGGUACGUUGAUCAGAUGGAUCCAAUCUUUUCACUUGAGAUUGGAAGCCUUGCUUCGGCUUCUCAGCUUGGGGCUGUCGAGAAUAGCCCUUUGCUGCUUCAGGAACAUGAGGCGCCAGACCGGGGACAACACGUUGUCUUAAGGGUGACUGUCCCCGGCGCGGAAUUCAGAUUCCUUUGUCAUGACUCCACUACCACCUUAGCGGAUGCUGCUUACCUGCAGGCUGCACACCUGCACUACCUACGUACCGCUCCUCUCUACGGCAAGGUAGGUUUACGGCUGUACGGAAUACAUGGAUUGCCCAAGCGUCCAAUCCUGAACAACCAACAUGAACCCAACACCGGGCGAGACUCUCUGGUCCGCCGGCCUUUCUUCCACUUGCUCCCAACAUUUGGUCGGAUAGUUGCGUCUACGAGAUUCGGAUGCGAAAUGCGUGCCAACAUCGCAAUGGCCAGGGGCUCGAAAGCCGUCAGAAAAGUCCCUGCCCGGGUCUUGUUGAGCCAGAUUGGGAACAAGUUUCAGCAGCGAGACAUUCUGUCGCUCAUGAUUUCUGAGCAUCCAGCAUGCGGAACCUGUAGAAAGAAGUGCCGCAAGUGUGACCGCGCGCGCCCUGUCUGCAAUCGAUGCAAGUCAAAGGGCUUACACUGUGAGGGCUACCCUCCUCGAUUCCAAUUCUGUGAAUCAUUACAGACGCACAGUUUGAUGACCGCUGGCGAUGAGCGGGACCCAGAAGCGGAGAAAGAGCGCGUUCAGCCUGAUGUCCUACCCACCAACGAGCUUACUCCGGCCCAAAACCUGAGCUCACCAACAUCGACUCCAAGUUCACUUUCUUCAGAUCACCCAAGCCAAAGCCGCCGCCUCCUCCAGACUUUGUCACAAGGUGCUUCUCCAGCCUCGCCCCAAGAUCGAUCUCUUGGCGCACCGUCACCGGCGACAAUCACCGGGCACCCUGUCGACGAUCUACUGCUCACGAGUAACAGCCAGAAAUUGCUUGUUUACUUCGACAGAGAGCUGAGCCAUCAUCUAACAAUUGUCGUUGACGGCGUGGACAACCCGUUCCGCGUACAUGUCCUCCCACUGGCCUACAAUCACACAGGUGUUCUCCAUGCAGUCCUGGGACUUACCGCGUGCCAUCUGCACCUAUCACCAUCAGGUGCUAACCAGGUUGACAUGGCCACUGCCUUACAACACCGUGUUGCUGCAUUGAACGGUCUAAGCUCCCUUUUGAUCAAGGAAGAAAUCUACGGGCUUACAGAAGCUGAAGAAGAGGCUGCACUAGCAAUAAUCUUUCUUUUGGUACUUCAUGAUGUAAGCUCCAGGACCCAUUUCAAGUUUCUCCGCAUCGCGAGUCUCGUUGGCUAA